GUUAGAGAGAGAGAGAGAGAGAGAAAAGGAAAAAGAAAAAGAAAAAAAAAAGCUCGAAGGUGGUGGUCGUGGCGAUCAAGAGAUCUCCAUUUCCUUUCAUCGCCGUCCGUCCGUCCGUCGCAUUUUCGAAGCUAAUCCUCAACCAAACAGAAAGAGAGAGAGAGAGAGAGAGAGAGGAAAACAAAAAUGGCGUACAGAAGAAGGCAGGGAAUCGCCAGGGCUUCAACUUUCAAGGAGGAAACUCAUUAUCCGAUCAACAACGUCGACGAUCCUUCUUUGUCUUCUUCUUCUUCUCUCGCCGCGAAAGCCAUCCGCGCCUCCUCCGCUCUCCGCGAGUCCUCUUCCUUUUCCUUCGAUCGCCGUCGAUCCAAGGAAUUUGUUGCGUACGAGGAUGCCGAAGAGUCCAAGACUGGAUUUUGGGGUGUUUUGGCUCGCAAAGCCAAAGCCAUGCUCGAUGAUGAUGAGCCUGUUAAAACGAAUUCGCACUUGAUCAAUAACUCUGUACAAACUCAGUUUCAGCACCAAUCACAUCAGUCAAAUGAAAAUGUGAGAAUGGACAAUCACAAGUUCCGCAAGGGCUUGGAUGCGAUUACAACUUCCCUUAAUCACCUCGGUGACACAUUUGAGAAGGCUUUUGAGGAAGGUCGUACGAUUGUGGAGAACAAGACUGCAGAUAUAAUCCAAGAAACUCGCAGACUCCAAAUUAAGCGACAAGGAAACAAUUUGGAAUCGCAAUAUCAAGCUUCUAACUAUGCAAACAAUUCGUGGCAGCAACCUCAGAUUCAACCAACACAGCAGCCUCAGAUACAAACCAACCAUGAAACUCAACUCAAGGCAUCUCGCGACGUUGCAAUGGCAACAGCUGCCAAAGCAAAAUUGCUACUUCGGGAACUGAAAACCGUCAAGGCAGAUCUAGCUUUUGCAAAGGAACGGUGUUCCCAACUGGAAGAAGAAAAUAAAAUCCUUAGGGAGAAUCGCGACAAAGGCGACCAUCGUGAAGAUGAUGACUUGAUCCGCCUUCAACUGGAGACACUAUUGGCUGAGAAAGCUCGUUUAGCGAACGAAAAUUCCAUAUACGCACGCGAGAAUCGCUUCCUAAGGGAAAUUGUUGAAUAUCACCAGCUUACAAUGCAGGAUGUUGUGUAUCUAGAUGAGGGUACUGAAGAAGUUACAGAAGUUUACCCCCUAACCAGCCCUGGGAUGUCCAGAAUGCUCUAUGUUUCCCCGAGAUCAUCUACAUCUUUCUGCUCGCCUUCCGAAGAGUGUCCAUCUGAAAGCCCCACAGAGGAUAAGGAAAUCUUCCCCGUCUACAGUGAACCACAAGACAACAAGGAGUUCUCCGGAGAUGUCCACGCAACUUUGGACCAAUUAGUUCCAGAAGAAGAAGAUACCAAGAGACCCUCUUAAUUAAGCUUCAAGUAAAUCAUGUUUUCUUUUUUGGUUGUCGUCCAAAGAUUUGUGCAGCAUUCGUUCAUUUUUUUUUUUCCUCUUAUUUUUUCUGCAUUUGGGGAGGACACAAAAGAUGUGUAUGU